AUGAACGUAGUCGGAAGUCGUCUCGCCGGCCGAGUGGCCGUGAUCACUGGAGCUGCCGGUGGUAUUGGCCGCAAGUCUGCGAUACUGUUUGCCAAACAGGGUGCCAAAGGUGUCGUCUGUGUCGACAUGAACGCGGACGGUGCAGCAGAGACCGCACAACUGGUACAUGAAGAACUCCAGAAGCUUGGCUCGAGCGAUACAGUAGCUAUUGCCGUGAAAGCUGACGUGUCCAUGGCCAGAGACGUAGAGAACAUGGUAAACGUGGCCGAGAAGGAGUUUGGCGCCCUGCACGUGCUUUUCAACAACGCUGGCAUCAUGCACAACGAAGACGACGACGCUGUCACUACACAGGAGGACGUAUGGGACCUUACCAUGAAUAUUAACGUUAAGGGUGUAUUUCUUGGUUGCAAGUACGGCAUUCCAGCCAUGCGUCGCGCUGGUGGCGGCUCCAUUAUCAACACGGCCUCGUUUGUAGGUAUCCUGGGUGCAGCCACACCUCAACUUGCCUAUACGUCUAGCAAGGGUGCAGUGAUUGCCAUGUCUCGUGAGCUGGCUACGAUCCACGCUCGCGAGAAUAUCCGUGUGAACGCACUGUGCCCCGGUCCAUUAAACACUGAGCUACUGCAGAAGUUCCUGGACACGGAAGAGAAAAAGCAACGCCGUCUGGUGCACGUACCCAUGGGUCGCUUUGGAGAAGCCGCUGAGAUGGCCAAGGCGGUUUUAUUCCUUGCCAGUGAUGACGCGUCGUAUAUCACUGGAACGUCUUUUGUAGUUGAUGGCGGUAUUACGUCGGCCUACGUGACAAGCGAGGGUAGUGUGGAUCCCUUCGGAGGCCCUAGUGAGGUGUGA